UUAGAAAUUCCGGAAUGUACAGAACCCGACGUGUCCUUUUUGUGCAUGAAUGUUCUCGGCCACAUCGUGGAAAACUCUGGAAAUUUUGUGGAAAUACAAAUAGACAUAGGACUUUCUUCGUCCAAGUCAACGAGCCGGAUCCGCACUGCUGGAAAAGCAUGGAAGCCCUCACGGACAAUGAGAAAUGUCGGCUGUUGAAGAAGGUUCUCAACUGCGAGGUGGUGUGGGUGCAGACCGACUCCUCUGGGUUGGCAAAGCAAGGGAAGCUCGGGAUGCAAGAGGCAGUGCAUCUCGUGAAGUGCGACCACAUCAUGGUGCGGUUAUGGAACUACUACCAGUUCAAGUAUGAGAAUCGGCCCGACUCCGAUUGGACGCGUUCCUAUCCCUUCCUGCGGAAAAGAGAGGCGAUUUUUGCGCAGUUCAAAAGCCAGGGACUGGAUGCAGCAUUGUGGGACGGAAGCAGGAAACUCGUUGGAGACUCAUCGUUGUUCAGAGACAGUCCCCCGUUCAUGGGCUGCGAAGACGACAAGUUGAUCAAGGCGACGAAAAAACUGGUCGAAGAGCAUGCGCUCGCCGAAGGCAUGGUGCAUAUUCAGGGGCAGGACUCAGGGGAUAUGACAUCCAUCAUGCCCUUCGGCGUCGAUCCUUUGGAGGCGCAGAUGAAGGUCGUCGAGUUGGAGAAAGCGGUUGGGAUCACGAAAUGCCACACUGUCGUUCUUGAUUUGAGCGAGCCUGUGGACAUCACACAGUGGACACAACAAGCUUUUGAGAGUUUAAAUGCCCUUCUACAACAUUUGUUCCCUUCGCACUGGACGGUCGUUGCUUUCGUCCCCCGGGAGCACGACUACUACUUCAUGACCAGUCUGCGCCAUUUGUCCGUUGUCAAGGCAAUGGCAGGAAAGUGGGUGAGGAGGCCGCAGCAGAAGAAAAGCUUCGCGGUCGGCAACAACUUGUACUCAAUGGACGACCGCAUGUACAUCCUCUUCAAAGGUGACGACUUGCAAGAGAACACGUUUGUGGUUUACGACGCGAGGUUGGAGGCGGGUGAUGCUGCUGCUCUGGGGGCACAUGUCAAAGUCACACCAACGCACGUCUCGGAGAUGUUGGGCCUUGUGAAUGGCCCCUGGUCAUACCUGGCCUUGGCCCAUCUGCUGGAAUUCGUGUGCAAAAGGGGGGAGGGUGUCAUGUUUCUCGAGAAGGCGCACGCACAAGUCGUGUGGGAGGCUUUGAAGGGCGGUUGCAACGUCAUCUCGUUGGAGGGGAAUUCGGAGUUGCUACAAUACACAUUGGAUUUCCUGAAAGGCGCGGUCAACUCGGGAGCCCACCAUUGCGAGUUUAUUUCGAGGACUGACAAACCACGACACGCUUGGGAGCCGUCCACGGACAUGUGGUUCAAGCUAAGCGAGAGGAAAAGGGACAGGGUAUAUGAGGUCCUCUUCCUGGAGACGCGGCCCAGGAGGGACAGCGACCCUGAGUAUAUUCGAUGCAGGGAGCACAUGUUGGCGUUGCUGGACAACUACCAUGGCGCCUCGCGUUUGAAUGCCAAGAACUUCCUGGACCAGCUGGAGUGUUUGUACUUUGUCGAGUCGGAGCAAGAACUCAGGGUCGCGAUUUACAAUGCAUUGAUUGACACGGACGAAGAGGCAACGACCGGAGUCGUUUUCAACAUGAAUGUUCCGAAGGAGGAUAGCGACAACGAGGAAAUCCACCUGAAUUACCUCCCUGCUCCUGUUCUUCCACCCCCGGGCUCCUCGACGGCAGGUGCAUCGUCAACCCAGGCCACUCCAGCGACGCCCGUUCGCAGGUCCACCCCCGGCAAGACCCCCAGCAAGUUGUUGGCGGAACUCACACCCCGUACUGUUGCCCCGCCUCGCUUGCGUCCAGGGAGUGCAGUCCCGCCGGAACAUCCUUCUUGGAAGGAUGAGUCCAUUCACUUUGAAGGGCACGACCACACUCGUUCCACUGGAGCAGACUGGGGCCACGACAUGAUUUGGCACCUGGGACCGAUCCAGCCUGCAGUCCGUGAAGGGGAGUGGAUAAUGGCCGUCGUGGACUCGGCUGGGCAGUGGGAGCCAUGCUCGCGCCUUCCCAAGUCCGAGUACUUGCAACUCGCAAGCAGUGGUGUGGCGGAUAAAGUGGCGGAAGCGUGGACUGGAAGGUCCCCCCUGCGGUCGCAAGGGAGUGCGAGAGGGGGACCUCCAGGCCCUCCGCGCGGGGGAGGGGGUGGGGGACGCGGCAAGGGGACAGGAAAGGGCGCCGCGUCAGGGGGAUCGGUUGGCACGCAUGACCAAGGCAGAACAUUGGAAAGCGGCAGCCGGGUUGGGUUGUUGAACGUUGCUGAUAAGACGACCGUCGGGGCCAGCAAAUCGGCUAAGUUCGCCGACAUCCGAACUUCUCAUAACGUGGAGCCGCCGCCUUUGGACGCUGCGAAGUCCGUCGACGGCCGCACUGCAUCCACCACACAUUGGUCGGCCCUCCCCUCGACGACUGAUUUCGCCGCUUUCGUUGGCAUCGGGAGAGGCUCGAGUGCAGGUGUUCCGAUCACCGGCGUCAAGUACAAGUCCGCCGCUAUCCGGACAAAGCCUCAUGAGGAGCACAAUGGGGAGCCCGUCCUGCGCAGCGCUACAGGAGCAGAAGUGUCGGAAACGGGUGCCAAAACGAAGUCCGCCGGAAUCCGCACUUCGGUUUCGUCCGGUGCGACGUCCGACGACUUUUCUACGCAGCAAGAGACUGCGUCGGCCGUCGGAGACGGGCAGCCUGCUGAGUUCAAUGCACAGUUGGAUAGCGGGGCGUCGUCUGUCCUCUGCAAUUUGAACUCUGCCGGUAUCCGAACUUGCUGGAGAACGGACCUGCAGUCAGAGGUCGUCGGGCGGGCGGGAGAUGAGACGUGUGCAGGGACAAAAGACUUGUUGACGGGAGUCAACGCGGGGCCGGUGGGAGGAGCUGAUAUGCGCGAGAGGGAUGGGGGGGAGGAAUGGGUACAAGUGGAGGACGGCCAAGAAGAAAAUGAAUGGGAAGAAGGUGGGGAAGGAGCGGAAGGGGAGGACGAACGGCCGGAGGGUGGAGAAGAUGUUGGUUGCGUUCGCGCCAGAGCACGUGGAGCCUGUGGGGGGGUUUUCGGUAACGCGAUUGCGCCUCGAGUCUUGACGGUUAUGGGUGACAUAUCCCGAGGUUUGGUGCCACCUCAUCAUGUUCUAUCUACUUUUGGUGAUGGUCAAGUGAAAAUCACAUCUAUAGAUCUGCUCACCGUUUUGCUUGUCGAUGGGAAGCUCAACGAUGAGGUGGUGAAUUUCUACAUGGCGCUUUUGGGGUCGACUGCAUGCAUGAUACGUCAAACAUCAUCAAGCCUUCGAGUCUUCAGCUUCAGUUCUUUCUUCCUCAGUAAGUUGCAACUUCAUGGACACGGUGGGGUGGAAAGAUGGGCUAAGAAUGUAGAUCUGCUUCACUUCGAUAUGAUCUUCGUUCCGGUGCAUAAAGACAAUGAUCACUGGAUCCUCCUUUCCAUCAAUUUGAGGGACAAUGUCUUCGAGAUUUUCGACUCCUAUCCUCGCGUUAUAGCAGAUUCGCGUUCCUACCUUAGUGUUUUCAAGUUGAUUGUACAGUAYUYARAACGUCAUACCUCACAUGGCCGGUCGCCUAGGAGUUGGGAGUCUAUGGCAGGGAACGUUGUUGUGGAAGGAGUUACGAGACAAGUUGACGGAGCUAGUUGCGAGGUGUUCAUGUUGACGUUUGCAACGCUGUUGCAACGCGGUGAUCGACCACCUUUCGGGUUCUCUUUGAAGAUAUACCUGUAAUUAGACGACAAUUGGCAACAUGUCUUUUGGAACACCAUUAUCUUUGAUUGAUUUUCAUGACUUCUGUACAAUCUUUUGACUAUAUUUCAUUCAUUGACGAUUGUUUUUGCUUAGACAUGACAUUACUCCACUUCCUUUCUCAGUGGAGCUUCGUUCUCUUUUAUUCGCUCAAUUUCGAGUUCUGUUUAGGGUGGUCGUUGUCUGUAUGGUGGCAUUUGUAGACUUUGUCAUCUGCAUCUUUUCUCCUGCGGUAGGACAAAUUCUUGUUGCGUUCCUUUCUCCGAAGCUCACAUAUAAGAACCUAGAGUGUGCAUUACAAUUGAAAUCAUAUGAUAUCCGAAUUUCUUGUGCGGUAUAAUAAAUUGGUGUGCCCAUGCAUAACAACUCCCGAUAAGUGCGUCAAUGUGCAGUUCAUUACGCGACCAUCACUUGCUUUGUGAUUGUCUGUACUGCAUUUAAUAAAUGACUUCGUGUUCAUGUCUGAGACUUCUGUGAAUGGCCUGCUCAAGUUCAGAUGUUACUUGCUAAUAUAAUUAACCCCCUUCUUUGUAUGCAUUUCAUCACAUAGCGAAAUAAGCCCAGAUAUUAUCAAACAUACAUUGCAUCACUUGAAUAAAGUGCAAUAGCGAUG